AUGUUACCUAUAUUUAAACGAGCUAAAGUUAUACAACAUUCAUAUAUAAUUAUUGAAUGUACAGAUUGUUUUAUUCAUGAAUAUCUUCAUAAUGCUAAUGAUCAACAAAUAUCAUUAGGUUUAACACGAUCUGAAAUGUUUGAUGAAAUAUUAACAAUAUUAACAGCAGGAUAUGAAACAACAUCAACUGCUUUAACUUGGUUUAGAUUUUAUAUGAGUAAAUAUCCACAAGUACAACAACGUAUGAAAGAAGAACUUUGUCAACAUAAUCUUUUAAUGAGAGAAUAUGUUCAAUAUUUACCCUUUUUUUUGUUUGUUCAAAAUGUUUAUAAUGAUGAAUUUUGUUUUCAUCGAUAA